AUGAAGAACUUGGAAGGUCACCAUGAAGCUUUGGCAGCACGACCCAUCACCCUUGCCACCCCUGCUCCAGUGGGCAAUGUCACAGAGCCUAUUACCAGCCAGACUGGGGGAAAGGAUGACGGCUUUUCCAAGGUGAAGGAAAAGUUCAUGAACGAGCUGAACAAGAUUCCACGGACAUUUGUUGCAACAAUUUUAAAUGUGUCCAGGUUAUUUUCGUCGCAAAUGAAAACUGGCCUGACUCUCGGGAAGGGGAUUGUCCAGAGCUCAGUGGGGAGGAGUUCAGGUUUCCACCCUCACCCCGCUGUUUGGGUCAAUGAAGAGAAACUGAAAGUGGUUCAGUGGCUUGCUGUCAGAGGAGUUCAGUCCUGUUCCUGUUUUAGGGGCUCAGCAAUGGCUUCGAGAGUAGAUUCAUCAGAAGAGGAUUCUUCGUUCAGUGAUGAUAGCAAAGAAAGUGAUGAAGAGCUGAGUGAAAGUGAUACAGCCAGUCUGUCUGGUGAAGAAUUUGAUGAAGAAAGACGUGGGGAGAGUCAGGCAGAGGCAACAGGGACGUUGCCGUGCAAGUUUUACAACAAAGGUAAAUGCAAGAACAGGAACUGUACGUAUCUGCAUGUUUGCAAAUAUUACCUCAACGGAAAUUGCAGAUAUGGCGAAAAUUGCAGAUUGAGCCACAGGAUGAGAUCUGUCUCUGAAUCUUCCUCAUCAUCAAAUGAAGACACACCAAGAAGAGGCAGAAGGCAGCCAAGCGAGAAACAUUACCGAUGGCAGAUUCAGAAUGGCAAAGAAUGGAAUGAUAUCAAGCACGACCAUGUGAUCGAGGCUCAGUACUCGAUGCCUGGAACAAAAGGCAUGAAACUUUACCACACAAAAUACGGCAUGAUCUCAAUUGAUUUUAAUAAAAUGAAAGUGCGUGGAAAAGACCUCAAAGUUCGGCGUAAGACUCUCGGUGAUUCCCCAGUGAAGGAUGAAUGGCUGUGGUAUUACCAUUAUAAACACAAUUGGAAACUCUUUUCAGACAAGGGCAACAGAAGCGCUGACAUUGAGAGUCAGUAUCAACAGAAUUUGCAAAACUCCAUCCAGAUAACAUUGGAUCAAAGAACUUACAAAAUUUUAUUCCGUGGUGAGUUUGUCAUGCUCUUUAAAAGUCAGCUUGAUGGACGGAAGAUACUUCAGGCUUAUUGCCAUGAUUGA